AUGGCUCCUGAGUUUGACGGUACAACAAGCGCCGCUGAGGCUGCUGAGCUCAAGAAGCGCCGUACGUUCCGCAAGUUUCAAUACCGCGGUGUUGAACUUGAACAACUUCUCGACUUGAAGAAUGAGGAGUUCAUGGACCUCGUUCACGCCCGCGCUCGUAGACGUUUCCAACGUGGUCUUAAGCGUGGUCCUCUCGGUCUCAUCAAGAAGCUUCGUAAGGCUAAGAAGGAGACUCCUCCAAAUGAGAAGCCUGCCGUCGUUAAGACCCACCUCCGUGAUAUGCUCGUCGUCCCUGAAAUGAUUGGCUCCCAAGUCGCCAUUUACAACGGUAAAGUUUUCAACACUGUCGAAAUCAAGCCUGAAAUGGUUGCUCACUACUUGGGUGAAUUCUCCAUCUCCUACAAGCCUGUCAGACACGGUCGUCCAGGUAUCGGUGCCACUAACUCUUCACGUUUCGUUCCACUCAAGUAG